AUGUACGAUCACAUCUAUAUUGUGAAUAAUGGCCACACUAAAAAGAAAGGAGUGGAAAUAACAACUGGACAAACGCCAAACGAGAAAGAAAUUCCCCGACCCUGGUCUGAUACUCCGAACAUGACAAUGAAGCAAUUGGACUAUGAAGCAAUUGGACUGCACUGCAUCAUAAUACAAACUAAAGCAAAAGUGUUUGAAGCACCUGAGAAGAACUGA